UCUGGGUUGGUCUAUAUCGUAGCAGACCUCUUUGAAAUUAAGUUGGUGAAGGAUACAGUGCGUUUCUUGGACAAGCCCUACACCGGUAUAGUGGGUGAGAUUCGCUACAUCUACCGCAGCUGGGUAUUUGUGUACUGCCGCACCUACCCAGAGAACUCUGGUAUGAUGGUUGCAAAAUCGAAACAGGUGGCACUCGUUGGAGGUGGCAACACGAACAGUGAGAAAAACAGCGAUGGUGCUUCAGCUUCUUCUGGAGGUCGACCGGCCAUUCAACAUCUUGCCGGAAGUCGUCGAGGUGGCCGAGGCAGCUUUGGAAAUCGUCGUGGUGGUGGUGGUAAUCAAGUGGAUAGGUCCCUUAUAGGAAAGAGCGCUCGUAUCAUUGCUCCAUGUUAUGUGUUCUCUUCUGCUAUUCUACAGGGUACACUGAAAGGGCUAACGGGCAUAAUUUGUGAUGCGACCGCGAAAGAAGUACUAAUGGAGUUGCAUUCACAAUUCAAGAAGGUGCACGUCUUGCGAAUGAAUGUCGGCCUUCUGGAUCGUUCGGGCAAUCUCAUUAAUGAUGGCAGGACUGGUGCUGGUACACCCAGGCCUACGCCAAUGCGUGAACCUCGAACACCCAUGGCGGGAUCGAUGACCCCUCGCUUGGGAAGCAUGACUCCAAGAGCAGACGCCACUCCUCUACCCUACGCUUUCAAUCCCACUUUGGCUACCCCGGCCCACUUUGCUGGCGACGACGGUUCAAGCACUCCAGGUUACCAACCAUGGCAGACACCGGAUCUUUCAAGAACUCCCCGAUCCGGUCUUACUAUGGACGACGAAGACGACGAUUGA